AUGGAUAACUGGAUGGUGGAAAGCGUGGUCAAGUUGCGGCUGACUUUUGGAGACCCCUUUUAUGUAUUGAAAGCGCACGCGCAAGGAAUCAAGACCGCCGAGAGAACCCCGCCCACUUUCUCCGUCUGCGCCUGCGCAGCUAGGGUCCUGUGGGUAGACGGGACCGGGCUGCCCCUCCCCAAAUCCGGAGGAACCGGUGUCCCCACCAUGCAAGAAGAGGAAGACUCCGAAACAACUUCCGUAUCUUCCGGAGACAGCGGCCCCCCAACUCCGUCUGCAAAUGGCUAUCCAGGCCCCCAAAGCAAAGAGUCGCACGGAGCCGUAGGGGAACCAGUGGAUGAAGGCGGUGAGAUCGGGCACGAUCGGCUGAGCUCUUCGCAGGCGCCCAGCCCCGAAUGGCACGAAUGCCCCGAAUGUGGCCGCGGCUUCGGCACGUCCCGAGCCCUGAAGGUGCACCGCAGCUACCACGUGGGGCGCAAGCGGCCACACAGCGGCUCCUCCUCCUCCAAGCCGCCGACCCUGACCCUUUCCGGCAACCCCGAGAGCCGGGAAGGCCGAACGGCUCCGCCUCCCAGCUGGGGCGGCGCUUUCCACUACAUCUGCGCCGAGUGCGGCCUGGGCUUCGCAUCUCCCUCCUCGCUGGAGGCGCACCGCUGCGAACACAGCUGGCGCCGCAGCCCUCCAGCCCCGCCCCGCAACAAGCCCCCUCCUGCUCCUGCCCCUGCCCCGAGGGCGGCCAACGGCGAGCACGACGCAGACGGGGCUGAUGGACCGUACCACUGCACCGAGUGCCCGGGGGAGUUUGGCCUGGUGUCGGAACUGCAUGAGCACUACAUGCGCCAUGCGCGCGGAGAGCUGUAGAUCGCCCACCCUUCUUCUUCUCUCCCCCUUCCACUGUCUAACAUAAUGGCACCUGCCAAGGGAUUGCUCUGGUUAGGACUCUUUCAGAAGUGGAUCAGAAAUCCCCGACUUCCCUCACUUUAUUUUUAUUUUUUUUAGUUCCUUUUUAGGUUUUCUCCUCUGUAUUUUAAAUAAAAAAUACACAAGUUUUUUUGCCGGCGGGGAGGGGAACGGAGUGCUUCUCACCGCUUGGAACAAUCCCUUUCGUGCGUGCUACCUCUGCUGGUGGCAGUGCUCCCUCUAAGCUGUGGAGUCUUGGGAGCAAAGAUUCUACUUGGUGAGC